UGCUGCUCCAACAACUGUGGCUGCAACAACCGCUGCUACAACACCUGAUGGUCCAACAACUGUUGCUCAAACAGCCACAACAGAACUACCUUCACUUGGGGAUAUACUUUGGCAGUGUACAUUUGAAGCUGGAUUGUGUGAAAGUACAAUGGAUAGUUCAAUGGACUUUGAGUGGACAAGACUACAGGGGAAAACACAAAGUGGACUAACAGGGCCUUCUUCUGAUCACACAAUUGGUGACACUACUGGAUUCUAUCUCUAUAUCGAGGCAUCCCCACCAAGGAAUGAAGGGGACAAGGCCAGACUGGUGACUCCUAGCAUAACAUCUUCCAGUGAGAUGGUUCUCACAUUCUACAGUCACAUGUAUGGGGCUACAAUGGGUACACUGAAUGUCUACAGGAGAACAGGAAGUAAUGACAACCUCAUCAUGUCACUCAAUGGAGACAGGGGAGACAUCUGGAAUUUGGAAACGGCUGUUCUUGAUCCAGGCUCAUUUUCUCUGGUGUUUGAAGCAAUGAGAGGGUCUGACUGGAGUUCAGAUCUUGCCAUUGAUGAUAUUACGGUUACUGCCAGUCCAAAGGGCAGAGCUGAUAUUGCUUUUGUGGUAGAUGGCUCUGGAAGUGUCGGAGCUGGUAACUUUGAAAAGAUGAAAUCAUUUGUAAGAGAUGUCACUAAUGACUUGACAAUUGGUAGUGAUGCUGUGCAGGUUGCAUUUGUUCUGUUUAGUGACAGCUCUGCUGUGGAGUUUGGUCUCAAUGCAUUCACUGACAAAGAGAGUCUUGCUAGUGCAAUAAAUCAGGUUAUAUACAAAGGUGGCGCUACAAAUAUAGCGUCGGGAUUACGGAGUCUCAGACAAGAUAUUUUUGUUGCAUCCAUGGGGGAUCGUGCUACUGCCCCUAAUGUUGGGAUCCUACUCAGUGAUGGGCCCUCAAACUGGGAUGCUGAAAGUACUGUUCCAGAGGCUCAGGAAGCAAGGGCUACUGGCAUAGAGCUGUUUGCUGUUGGUGUAGGACCAGAUGCAGAUAAAGAUGAAAUGCUGCAAAUUACAAACUCAGAGGAGAGAGUCAUGGCUGUUUCAAACUUUGACACACUUAGUACCAUGAAGAAUUCUAUCAUAGGAUCUACAAGAAACGAUGAGAAUGAAUGUGUUAGUAGUCCAUGCCGUAAUGGAGGAGUUUGUUUGGACCGUCUCAAUACAUUUGUCUGUGAAUGUUCCUCAGGUUUCAGUGGAGACACAUGUGAACAAAACUGUGUAAGUCAAGCCGAUGUGAUCUUCGCGAUCGAUACCUCUGGCAGUAUAGCUGUCCGUGAUUUUAGGAAAAUCCUGACAUUUGUUGGUAAAGUAUCAAAGCAGCUCCAAGUUGGCCAGAAUGCCAGGAUUGGUCUCGUUACUUUCAGUUCAACAGCGAAAGUGGAGUUCCACCUGAAUGAACAUAUGGAUGUCAGAUCAGUGUUAUCCUCCCUGGAUAAGGUUAAAUAUAGAUAUGGUGCAACUAACACACAGGCUGCUCUAAAAAUGAUGCAGAAUGAUAUGUUUACCACAGAUAAUGGUGAUAGAGCAGCACCUAAUGUUGUCAUCUUGGUGACAGAUGGAAUCUCUACAGUUGAACAGGAGAAUACUCUACCAAAUGCAGAAUCACUGAAAUUAACUGGUGCUCAUAUAUUUGUGAUUGGUGUUGGCAGUUUUGUUGAUGUUGAUGAACUAAGUGGGAUAGCAUCUUCCCCAAGUGAAAGCAAUAUGAUUUUGGUGACAGAUUUUGAUGCCCUAGACACAGUUGUAAUGACAGUUGCCGAGCCAAUAUGCACAGGCCAGAAUUCUUGCAGCUCGAGCCCAUGUCAAAAUGGUGGACAAUGUUUUAAUAAGGUGAAUGGCUACACAUGUUCCUGCCCAUCUGACAAAGGAGGACUCUCAUGUGAAGUGGAUUGCCCGCGAAAUAUAGAUUUGGCUUUCCUCAUUGAUGAAUCUGGGAGUAUUGGGUUGGAUAACUUCAGAAAGGUCAUGGACUUUGUCAUGGCAAUUGCCAAGAAUGUGGCCACAGGCUCACGAAUAGGUGUUGUAACCUUUAGUGACAAUGCUGCAGAAGAGUUUAACAUGGUAAAACAUGGGGACAAGCAGCAAAUUCUGGAUGGCAUUGAGGCUAUCAAGUAUUCAGGUGGGGCAACCCACACAGCAGCUGGACUGCAAAUGCUCAGGGAAUCAACUUUCCAAACAAACAAUGGGAACCGUAAUGGUGUACCAGAUGUAGCUAUAGUCAUAACAGAUGGCAUUUCCACAGUGAACGAAGUGAAUACUGGAACACAAGCCAGUCUUCUGAAGUCCAUCGGUGUUGAAGUGUGGUCAAUAGGAAUCGGACAGAUAGAUAAAGAGAGGCAGAAUGAGCUCUCAGAAGUAGCCACUAGUGAUAGUACCAUCAAAACAGUUUCAGAUUUUGAAUCUCUGCAAGGGCUUGUAAAUGAGAUUGUCUCAACUUUAUGUUCAUCUUAGCAAGACAUUAUAAUAUUGAGCACUCAAUCAUAUCACUACCAUGACAGUACCAUAUUUAUCAUAUUACAUGGCUGUUUUCUCUUUUGGACUUUCAGCCUUGUAUUGACCCUAUUCAUCUCCCACAGGCUUGCCAGGCCAUAAACUGAGAUACUGAAAGUAGCCACUUUAUAUCUCAAAAUGUGUUUUAUAUUAUUUGCAUCAAUUGGUUGUAUUAUUAUGGAAAAUAUCCUUUUUGCAGAGGUUUGAUAUUUUCUCCCAGGAAACAAAAAUGGAUGGAAUUCACAAAGUUGCUCCAAAUCUACAGCGAUUUUUGAAAUAAGGUGCAAAAUGAUAGAGGAUCGAAUUCUGAAAACCAGAUAGUCACAAACUCACAAAGUUGUGUCAUAAUUAUUCGACAUUACAUGCAUGUAUUACUCCUCUUUUAGGCUAGGCAAAUACAAUUUUUACAUUUUACAUAUAUGUUACAAAAGCUACAAAAAUUGCAUAUUUUUGCUGAUUUAAUCACGGGGUGGAUAUUUUUCGAUACUCCAUGAACAUGCUAAUAAUAACAUGAAUAAAGACAGAAAAAUGCUAAAAAUUCAGUACUGAAACCCG